GCUGACACAGGGAGAAAGAAACAGAUUGAGAACGGGUUAGAGAAAUGAAAAUACAUCAAACAUAAAUGAAGCGAAAUCAAAGCAAUAGGAUAGAUUGAGAGAAAGGAGAAAGAAGAAGAGAGAAACUGUGUAAAAGGGGAGAGGGACAGGGAGAGAGAAAGAAGAUACAAAUAAAGUAGGGGGAGUUUGCAGUUGACUUGAGAGAGAGGGAAAGGGAGAAAGGGAGAGAGAGAGAGAGAGCGAGAGAGAGACCAGCCGCCGGCCCAUUUAGGAAAGAUGGCUACAGUCACUGCAAACGGAGUGCAGCAAGAGAAUGGAUUCAGCACCACGAACAGCGCCGGCAGGAUGAACGGACUCAUGAUCGGUCAGAACACCAUUCCAAUGAAGGACCACGACGCCAUCAAACUGUUUAUCGGACAGAUUCCCAGAAACCUGGAGGAGAAAGAUCUGAAGCCCCUUUUUGAGGAAUUCGGAAAGAUAUACGAACUCACUGUGCUGAAAGACAGGUUUACUGGAAUGCAUAAAGGAUGUGCCUUUUUAACAUACUGCGCCAGAGAGUCAGCACUGAAGGCCCAGAGCGCCCUCCAUGAACAGAAGACUCUGCCAGGGAUGAACCGGCCCAUCCAGGUGAAGCCAGCCGACAGCGAAGGACGAGGAGAAGACAGGAAGCUGUUUGUGGGGAUGCUUGGAAAGCAGCAGAGCGAGGAGGACGUCCGGCGGCUCUUUGAGACAUUCGGCCAGAUCGAGGAGUGCACCGUCCUGAGAGGGCCUGAUGGGGCCAGUAAGGGCUGUGCCUUUGUCAAGUUCUCCAGCCACGCAGAAGCACAGGCGGCCAUCAACAGCCUGCACGGCGGACAGACCAUGCCAUGUGGGUAUCCCCAGGGGGCGUCCUCCAGCCUGGUGGUGAAGUUUGCCGACACGGACAAGGAGCGGACCCUGCGUAGGAUGCAUCAGAUGGCGGGCCAGCUCGGCAUCUUCAGCCCCAUGACCAUCCAGUUUGGGGCCUAUGGUGCCUACUCUCACGCUGUAAGUCUCGGCUCCACGGGGGAGGAGACGCAGAUGAUGCAACAGCAAGCAGCGCUAAUGGCGGCGACCCAGAACUCGUAUCUGAACCCCAUGGCAGCCAUCGCUGCGGCACAAAUGCAGCAAAUGGCAGCUUUCAACGUCAACGGUCUGGUGGCUGCCCCAAUGACACCCUCCUCAGGCACCAGCACGCCACCGGGUAUCAAUGCCACGGCCUUGCCCAGCCUAGCAGCAUCCAUGGGGGUCAACGGGUUCGCAUCCCUCCCGCCCCAGACCAAUGGUCAGCCUAACAACGAGCCAAUCUACACCAAUGGGAUCCACCCCUACCCAGGUGAGACAGCCAAUGGGAUUCACCUCUACUCAGCACAGAGCCCUACAGUGACUGACCCCCUCCAGCAGGCUUACGCCGGUGUGCAGCACUACGCAGCAGCCUACCCUGCCGCAUACGCACCAAUCAGUCAAGCGUUCCCCCAGCAACCCACCAUCAUCCCCCAGCAACAGAGAGAAGUUUGUUGUUGUUAUUUCCCACCAGGGCCGGAAGGCUGCAACCUGUUUAUUUACCAUCUGCCCCAGGAGUUUGGAGACGCAGAAUUAAUGCAAAUGUUCCUGCCUUUCGGCAACGUCAUCUCCGCCAAAGUCUUCGUGGACCGGGCGACCAAUCAAAGCAAGUGUUUUGGCUUUGUGAGCUUCGAUAACCCGUCCAGUGCCCAGGCGGCUAUCCAGGCCAUGAAUGGUUUUCAGAUAGGCAUGAAGCGGCUGAAGGUGCAGCUUAAGCGGCCAAAGGAUGCCAACCGACCUUACUGACCCCUCUGCCGUCCACAUCCAGGAUGAAGGGCCACAACACCUUAUUUCCACCAAGUGCAGUAUAAAGUACAAAGACUUCUUGCUCUGCUACAUAUCAUGAAAGAAGGGUGGUCCCUUGAUUCUGCUGGAAGAAUAGCUGGAGAAGAUUGGGUGACUGAGGAGAAAGAACCCGGAGAUUCUUGUUUGUUUUUUUAGCAAAUGCCUCUUUUUUUCCCUGUUUUGCUUUGGCGUCUGUGGACGAGGAUUUUUUGCAGAGACCAACUUUUUGCUGCUGUUUUUUAGAGAAGAUGGAAAACCUUUAUAGACACAUUAUGCUCAAAGCAUGCAAACUGACACCGGUACAUAUACACACACACACACACACACACACGCACACGCACACGCACACGCACACGCACACGCACACGCACACACACACACACACACACACACACACACACACACACACACACACACACACACACACACACACACACACACACACACACACACACACACCAGCCUGCUGCCAUUUUGGUUUUCGUGCCUACACAGGUGAUGUGCUCUGUGACAGGGCGAGCUCUGAGGAAAGAAGAAGAGAAAUGGAGAAUCCAGGAGAAUUUACAUGCAUCAUUCCUUAGGAAAUAGGGACCAAAGGACUUAACGCUUUUUAAAAGAAUAUAAAUAUAUACAUAUAUAUAUAUAUAUAUAUAUAUUUAAAAAACUCUUACCUUGUAGCUGCAAGUAUUACAAUUUAAUAGUAGUCAAAAUAAAUCAUUAAAUCAAUAUCCAGUGGCCUAAGUAAGAAUAAAAAGAUAAAGGAAAUAAUGUAUACAUUGAAAAAAAGACAAGGAAACGUAGUAAAGGGGCUGAUUAUUAUGUUGUUUUGCCCCCAGUUAGUAGAUUAGAAAAUGUAGAAUACUACAAAAGUAGAUUUGCUCUUUUUUGCUGUUUUUUUUUUUUAAGAAAAAAAUACUUGAACUUGUAAAGUAAGGAGGGAUGAAAAAGAUACAAUUAUUAACUUUGUCUGUCCCGUCCCAGUGGGCUUUGGGGCAUUGGGGUCUCUCUCUUGGAUGUUACGGUCGGGCCGCUGGACAUGUCCCUCCUCAUGGUGUACAACUCACUCACAGCACUAUCUGACAGCUAUACAGGAACUGUUUUUGAGAAGAGGGGGAAGAAGAAGAGAAAAGACAGAUGAACCUUCCUAGUGUGUGUGCAGGACAGGGUGCACAUAUGAGAGGCUUAUUUCCCACAAGCCUUUGUGUUCAAGCGACAAUCCACUGUAAAAACCAAGCAAAUCGGACAUGGUGUGUUCUUUUCUUUUGAGCUUUUUUAUUACGACAGGAAGUGUGCUAUUAUAAAACGUAUUAAAGAAAUGCUUAAAGAGAAGCUUCUGCAAACGAGAUGGACUAAUGGACAAAAAUUAAGGCAAGCAGAGAAGAAAAUGAUUGAGUUGAUAGCUACUGAAACUGCCAAAAGAGUGGACUCAACAGUAUAACAAUGAAUUGGCUCUCAUGGUGUUUGAGUAAAAUAAAUAAAAAUUGACCCAUUAAAAAGAACCACUUUAUAGGCAAGAGGGAGAACGAGAGAGAGAGAGACAGAGAGAGAGAGAGAGAGAGAGAGAGCCAGAGAUAUUUAUGUCCGCUGAAGCCGUUCUAAAGCUCUGGUGAGAUUGAGAAACAUCGCCUCAUCUCCACGGCUGCAGAACAGAUACAAGCAGAACUUGCUCUGAAAGACACACAAGAUUUAUGGAUGGCCAAACAGUGGAAGCUUUUAGAGCUCAUUUAGCUGUGUCGUAUAUAAUGUACAUGCCACUGUUAACAUGUCCCCUCCCUGACCUGCUUUUUUUUCAAAUAUUAUAUAAUGAGCCUGUGGAAAAACCUACCUAUCUGUCUCAACCUAACCUAACACAGUCUGAAUUACAGCCAUACAACCGCCAUCGUUCAGCUCCUCCCUGCCAAUCCAUGCCUAGCAGAUCACAGCUCUGAACUCUUAACUUGUCAGGCUUUUAGUUAGUGUCUAUGAGCCCUUUAUUUUGUGGUGGAUGCAGCUGGCCCCGCUAUAUGAAAACCAGAUCAAUAUGUUUGCGUUUGAGUCUCGAAGAAGGAUAGGAUUGCAAGUCAUUCACUGUCCACACUUCCUCAAGUUCUCUCAGUAGAAUACCAGCUUUCCCCCAGCUCUCCCACUCCCUCCCUCCCAACUCCCUGAGAGCUGACUGAAGGCAUACCGAGGGGGAGACAGAGCUGGACAGGGAAGGGAAGGCGAGAGGAGAGUGGGAGAAGUCAACAGCCAAACCCUGAUCUCUGAGUCAUACUCCACACCAACAUGUCCAACCUUGUCUUUUCUUAUCCUUCAAAGUGAUGCUCCUUGGAAUUAUCCCCCGGGGGACCAAAUCCAUGCAAUCAAAAGCCACAACCCCCCCCUCAACACCACCACCUUGCCAAACACCAUGUAUCUGUGUUGCCUAGCUCUUUGGGAAUGGGAUUGAAGGGUUGAUAAGGAAUCACUUGGCAUGUAUUAGGUACCUGCUGCCUUCUGUCCAGUUUGUCUCUGUUUACCUCUGGGACUUGCUCUCCAAAGCAGAGCGGACUCAUUCCAAGUCAUUGACUGAAAUCCCUGCCUGCCUGCAUCACACAAGACACAUCUACAGUACAAUGACUUUCACUGUCUUUCUCCCAGCUGCUUAAAGACAAUACCAUGCCACUCUUUUCUGUGAGCGAAAAGCUCUUGGAUUUGUCUUGAUUUGUAUCCUUGCUUUCACCAUACCACACUACUGUAAUGAAUGUUAGCUUCUGACUUUGUGUUUGUGUUCCUCUGCUAUAAAUAGACACUGUUCUGUUCCAUCAUGCCUUCCAGAACCCCAACCUAGCUGUUCAUAGCCUGGUUCAACCAGACUGAACUCUGCACUCAAAAAUGGUGGGUUCAGUCUGGUCUUACCAGGCUAUGCUGUUCAGCUGUUCCCCUGGAACAAUGUUUCAAACCAACUUGCAGUUCAGUGUUUGGCUUCAGUAGCCUUCAAUUAUCUCUUCCUCCGUAUUAGACAUGCUAUUUCACCUUUCCCUCUAAUCACGUUGUAAUAGUGAGGCUCUAUACAUUAACACCAACCAAGUGAAAAGUCAUCUGCAUAAUCACCUGGACUAAAUUACAGUGGGGAUGGUCCCUUGAAUGCUCUGUGAUGACAGAAGGUAGAUUAGAGAGAAUUAUGUUUGUAGCGGCUCCCUGGCAAGGAUGCCGACAGCUGACCUGGCACCGAUAUCACCGCAGCCAUCUUUAUGAUGGAGAUGGGAUCCAGGAAGGUGGAUAAAACCCUCCAUAUCAUAGCUACUCUGGGUAUUAAUGUUGGAUAUUUGAUUGGCGUGGGUGUAGAUUAUGUUGAAAACAAGGCAAAAUAGACUAGGUUUGAAAUAUUUCUCCAGGCAUAAAAGCUACUGAACAAUAGCAGGUUGAAAUGAGUAGCAGACAACCAACUAGUCCGAUGAAAAACCCUCAGUUCCUCCAUUGCAGCUGCCUGCAGGGUGGCCCCUGUUAUUGUACAUCAGCUUUCAGCACGUAAUUGUGUCUCAACAAUCGCCUCAGAAGCCGCCAUUGUCCACAAAACAACCUGCUCUAAAAAAAAUUGAAUUUUUCACGGCAGUAUUACAGUCGGGACACCUGCAAAGCACAGAAUAUUGUUCAGAACUGGAGGAACAAUAUUGGUGAAGCACAGUAGUUAUUUUGAAUCAAAAUGAUGCCCGUUGAAAAAACAGUGCCAGCUUUGGUCGUGUGUUGUCUCAGCUUGCCUUCAAAAACACAGUAAAAACAUUCAGCCUUUAGUUGUUAUGAAGUCAGCAGAACAUGUAGGAACUAGGAAGCAACAAGAGUUAAUGUGAAGUAGGUCAAUAUGAAUGCAUGUUCUUCACAGCAGCCAUUUUGUGCUCAUUAUUGACGUAAUGCUGAAUUAAUCAAUAGGAAACCUAAUGUUCCGUGAGCGAUGAAAUCUCCUAUGCUUGUCUCUCUGCCGCUUCAAAAGCAACUCCUGCAAGACUAGUCCCAUUAGCCUCCCCACGAGCCCUCUGAUGGCUCCUACACCAGAUAUAUGCUGCACACCCCUACAGUCAACUUAGAGCAAGGUUAGGUUCAGCCUAGGUCCAACCCCCUGCCCAGUCUUAUAUUCCCUGCUUGGCUAACGUGCUACGCUCGUAUAGCCUUUCUGUUGCACCAGGGAGCUGCAGAAAAGUGCUUGGGAAGGUUAGAUUAGACCAUGUUAAAUCAGGGAGCUGUUAGAACGAGGGUCCACUUAUUGCUCUUCCACACAGGGGAGGAAGGUUAUUAGUGUGACAUGCAGUGAAAACAGAAAUAGCUGUAGUGAAGCCAGGCUCUGGAACAAAGAAAAUGAGAAGUGGGUUUUAUUCCUUCUCUUACUGACUCCAGAAGUCUGCCAGCUCAGCCCAUCUCAGCCCAUCUCAGCCCAGCUCAGCCCAUCUCAGCCCAGCUCAGCCCAUCUCAGCCCAGCUCAGCCCAUCUCAGCCCAUCUCAGCCCAUCUCAGUCCAGCUCAGCCCAUCUCAGCCCAGCUCAGCCCAUGUCAGCCCAUCUCAGCCCAGCUCAGCCCAUCUUAGCGCAGCUCUGGCCCUGUCUGGCCUUUAGUCAAGAAUGUUAACUUAGGAGUGAUUCACCUUACGCAGGACUGAAAGCCACCCACUCAUGUUAAGAUGAGAAUAUUUAGAUUGACAUUAUAGGUUAUUGCUAUUGUUAGUUCGACUCACUUUAUGAGUCGGUUUGGAAAUACAGUAACAGUCAAAAGUUCGGACACACCUUUCUUUAUUUUUACUAUAUGUGUUAAUUCAUAGUUUAUAUCUUCACUAUUAUUCUACAAUGUAGAAAAUAGUAAAAAUAAAGAAAAACCCUUGAAUGAGUAGGUGUGUCCAAACUUUUGACUGGUACUGUAUGUAAAAUAUAAUAUAACAAAAACAUAUUUCUGGUCAUGUCAACGGUCACUGUAAUGCCUGACCUCUCAUCUAACAUUAGCACCUGUGAGGCAGUUAUUCACAUUUCUUAACCUCUGGUUAUUCUUCCUCCUCUACUGGCUCUAGAUAUAAUGCCUUCCUAGUUUGCAUUCCAUAAAGUCUGUCCUCAUGAGGAGUUAGAAACCUCAGAGCUCCGAGGCUGACAGAGGGGCAGGAUAACCAGUCCUAAGAGCCGAAGAGGUUGACUAAGAGGCUAAGAGGCUAGAUAACCAAUCAUCUGAGCUCUGAAGCUGGCGGAUGGGUUGAAUAACCAAUCCUAGUGGGCGAAGAGAGAUCUGCCUAGCAUGUCUAGCAGACCCCAGCCCCUGGGUGUAGAGAACACUCACCCUAAAAUAGCAGUGAUUGUCAAGGAAAGGAAGUGAAAUGUAAUUGACUGAAAGUGGAGAGAUAAUUAAAGGAACCUGUUGGACAGGAGGGAUAAAUUAAUGGCUCUCAUUUAAUAGCUGCUUUGGGAGAAAAGGAGAGCUUUUCCGUCACCUCGCUUAGCUAACGCAAAAAGGGAUUUUCGCUGUGGAAAUGGGAUUUUUGCUGAGAGGGGAAGUGAAGUGGGUUUGGGGGGGGCUGGAUGCUAAACUGAAACUCCACAAAGUCACCUCAAUACUCAGGGCAUCAGGCGCUAUGAUGUCAUGAUUAGUGGAAACUUUCAGAGCCUUGCCUUCCCCAUGGGCCCUGCCUGCCUUGUCUGGCUUGGGAGGAAUAAGAGCUGCGUAUUCACCCAGAGGCACUGAGAGUAUGGUGGGAGCUGGGGGAGCAUGUUGGACCUCUGCCAGGGCAGCUGGAGGAGCCAGAGACACGAUCACACUGUCAGUCAGUCAGGGGGAGUGUUGUCUGUCAUUGAAACAUUAAUGCCUUGGAUUCAUCAGGUCAACGUGCAAUUUUAAAAGACACUAAAAGGAAAGACUUUAUUCAUAAACAACAUAAAGAGUCAAUCACAGAAAAGUGUGGGAUCAUGUUUGACAACAAAGCUGGAGAUUCAAAUCAAAAAGUGGAGACAGAAUUUUUUAUUCCUUCAUGUAAAUAAUAGAACACAGAAACAAAUGAGUCAGGAAGUAAGAACUGUACAGUAGAGAGGUCCGUCUAUAGGAGUCGCCUGGCUGUGUGGGACAUUGAUGUCACUAUAAAACGUAUCCACAGCAGUGCAGGGAAUCUUUGGAGAGGGUAGGACUUUUUAACACUUUGGCCUUUUUGGCUACUGAGUAAACAUGAAUGAAUAUGCACUAUACCCUCAGCUGAACACCACCCAACAUAACAGGGAGAGGAUAGCAGAGAUCUGAUUCUAGAUGAUUUAGUAGGGCUUCAAUUCCAGCCUGGAGCAAUCCAUUAAUUAGGUUUACACUGACACAUCAUGAUAUUUCUGACAGUUGAAAGAUUGCCUGUGCACUAGCUAAUUGGAUUAGUCCAAUUGGAGCUGAUUAGACGGAUAGAUGUGACCUCAAAUACGUGACGAGAAGGCCUGCCCCUCAGUCUGCUCCGUGCCGUGCAGAGGAGCAGGUGAUAGUGACAGCAGCCAUUUAGUUCGCAAGUUGCUAGCUAGCUUGCCACCGGGGCGGCGUCCGCCAGUCACCGCUUAGCUUCACAGCUCCACGGGUAUGGGCGGAAGGGGGUGAGGGUUUGCCAGAUUGGAGCUGAAAGCAUAUUUCCAUGUGAUCCAAAACACAGAACACAGGUGUAUGAUGAGAAAGAGAGAGGAUUGGGCCAGGUGAGCCAGAUGCACUGCUACUAGAAUGAAUGACUACCCUGCAGAUCUCCCUGCCUCUGUGGCCUGCCCCUGCCUCUGCUCUCCCCACGGCCCGAGUACACAGCUGCCUGCGAUACUCCUGUACAUAUUACAUAGCUUAUUUUUUAAUUCUGUUAAGGCUCCUUUAUAGACGACCGUACAAUAAAUCAUGUUGAAAAAAAAGAAAGAAAUAGUUCAUAUAUUUCACUGAGUACGAGAAGGAAACUAUGAAAUCAUUUAUCAAAAACAGUAGAGAGAAAACAUUUUUAUUUCUUGUAUAUUGAAGCGCUGAUGUUAAAAUGGAUUUUAUAUUCACGUUGGUAAAAUGGUUCUUUUUUUCCCCAUUCUCUUAUGUUUUCUGUUUUGUUAUCUGCUGAAGCUGGGAUGGACCCAUUGUCUCAAGGUUUAUUCUGAUAUGCUUUGAAGAUACAUGUUGAAGGGACAUUUUGCUGCACAAUCCCCAUAUGGAAUUACAUGUAAAUGGGCAAGUUUAACGAUAUGCUGUUGACAGAAAGCUCUUACAUUCAGUACAGGAAUGAAGAAACCGGACUGUACAGAUUAUAAAAGGUCAUGUGGAUUCAUAAAGAUGACAACAUUUGUUGUCAGAUUUGUUUUGAAAAAUAAGCUGUCAUUUAACAUGACCAUUGUCUUUCAGCCGUACAUUUCUCUUUUGUUUGAUUAUUUCCUUCAUCUUGAAUUCAUUUUUUUUAUUGAAAAAGAAUCAGAGACAUCUCUUUUAUUUUCAUCUUCUCUGCAUGCGGGAAUUUUCUCUCGGAGAUCAUUUCUGAAGAGCUAUUUCAACAUUACUGGUCUAUCUUGUAUAUAAUAACUGUGGUUGACUCCAACACCACUGAAGAAAAUGUGCCAAUAACAGAUUGAACGUUCCACUACACUGUUUUGGUCAAGUCAGGUCAACCCGUGGCCGUGACACCAAACUGAUCAAAAGAGGGAAGUCUGCCUUAAAACACAUUCAUUCUCUCCGGCAGUAUUACCUUAAAAAACGUAGCACAUACAUUGUAUUCUGGGGAUGCCAAUGCUAGUUCUUUUCCAUUGUUCGUAAACAUGCUCUGGUUUUUCCUUGCAGAGAUGAGAUUCUGUUUCAUUGAAAUGCAGCUGUCAGUUGUAAAGAUUGCCUUGUGUCAGUUUUGCCUCAAUCCCACUUCUGACACCAAUAAGGACGGGGUCAUACAGUACAGUUACAUUUCCAUCGGUUACAUGGACCAAAUUAUAUCACAUGAAACCAAUAGAGCAGAGUUUCCCGAACAAAACAUGAAAUGAGAGCCUUUGUGCAACCAUUCAGAUAUACAGGAAAGCGAAAAUCAUCCACUGUACUUUGCUUCAUGAGACAUUACAUUCCCAGGUUCUCUCUCGCAUUUCAUCCACUUGAUUUUACUUCUGUCAGACAAAUAAAACAUGUUAUUUUAUGUCAUUUAUCAUCAUUUAUUUUAGGUACUUAUUAGUUCAUUUAUUUAUAAUAUUUUAGUUGAAUGAUAUAUUUGUAUAUCUUUCUCAUUUUUACUUGAAAGAAAUCAGUUGUUUAUCUUUAUUUUCUCAAAACAGAACUGUAAUUUGACUUAGUGUUGGCACGGGUCUGUUUUUCCCUAAUUCGGGGUGGUUCCUCCCAUAGUGCUCCUGAACUGUAGUUCUCUAGUUCAUUAUAUUCUGCUUAGACUAAAAUAAAGCACAGUCCCGUAGAAGAUUGAA